CCGUAUCAGUCUUCCUAUUUUUGAAGUGCACAUUGAUUAAUAUUUAUUUGCGAAAUGAGUCGCGCAUUAUUCACACAUCAGCACCAUUCAGUAUUGCACGUUAACGCAGGAAGAAGAAUACUGAAGAACUGAUAAGUUGAUGGAAUAGAAACAAAUUUUAAGAACUAAGAUGAGUUAUCACUUGAAAUACGUUUCAUUGUCUGUACUAGUUUUGCAGACUACUGCCAUGGUUUUAGUGCUCAGAUAUUCUAGAACAGUGCCACAGUCUGGGCCUAGGUAUCUUGCUUCCACUACAAUUGUUAUUUCUGAAGUACUAAAGAUUACAUCUUGUUUAAUUGUAUUAUUGUGUGAAUGUGGAUGGUCAUUAUCAGAUUUAAGAAAACACCUAGUCCAGGAAAUAUGGAACAAGCCUGUAGAAACAUUAAAACUCAUUGUUCCUGCUGGGUUAUAUACCAUACAAAAUAAUUUAUUGUUCCUUGCUCUCUCAAUUUUAGAUGCUGCAACAUAUCAAGUAACGUAUCAGUUAAAAAUUCUUACUACUGCCAUGUUUUCCGUGAUGAUUCUUCAUAAAAGAUUAGCUAUCACUCAGUGGCUAGCUCUAGUCCUACUAAUGAUUGGAGUAGCUCUUGUACAGAUGCCAGCCUCUGUAUCUGCUGUAGAAGAGAAUGUUGAUCAUAGUUUCUCCUCAAAAUUCUUGGGACUUUUUGUUGUAUUGAUUGCAUGCUUUUCUAGUGGAUUUAGUGGUGUAUACUUUGAAAAACUUGUCAAAAGUUCUGCGCAGCAGUCAUUAUGGAUCAGAAACAUACAAUUAGGUUAG